UUUUUCACAGAGGUCCGAGCUCCGUCUGUAAAUGACCGAGCUGCUGUGAGAGUGAACGCCGCUGACACAGGAACAACUGUCUGCACCAUGGACGGAGGACACCGCUGAGGAACCGCAUCCAUGCUGCCUGGACUUUAUCUGGAAUAUCUCCUGGAAACCUGGAUUUUCUCUCUCUGGCUUUAGGUCAAAGUACCACAGAGUUUCCCAUCUUUGUCUGUGAGACGGUGUGAAGUUGAGUUUCGCUCAGAGGCUGGACUGACUGAUCAGACUGCGGCUGUUGUUGAGGACAGAGGAUGGGGAGCCGGGGCCACUACCGCUACCACUGGCAGAGCCACAAUGUCAAACACAGUGGGGUGGACGACAUGGUGCUGCUCAGCAAGAUCAACGAGGAUGCCAUCGUGGACAACCUCAAGAAGAGAUACAUGGACGACUACAUCUUUACUUACAUCGGUCCUGUGCUCAUCUCUGUCAACCCCUUCAAACAGAUGCCGUACUUUGGGGAGAAAGAGAUUGAGAUGUAUCAGGGUGCAGCUCAGUAUGAGAACCCCCCUCACAUCUACGCUCUGGCAGACAACAUGUACAGAAACAUGAUGAUCGACCGUGAGAACCAGUGUGUCAUCAUCAGUGGAGAGAGCGGAGCGGGGAAAACUGUGGCAGCCAAAUAUAUCAUGAGCUACAUCUCCAGAGUGUCAGGGGGCGGACCCAAAGUACAGCACGUCAAAGACAUCAUCCUGCAGUCCAACCCGCUGCUGGAGGCCUUUGGCAACGCCAAGACCCUGAGGAACAACAACUCCAGCAGAUUCGGGAAAUACUUUGAGAUCCAGUUCAGCUCUGGUGGAGAACCAGAUGGAGGAAAAAUCUCCAACUUCCUCCUGGAGAAGUCACGUGUGGUGAUGAGGAAUCCUGGGGAGAGGAGUUUCCACAUAUUCUAUCAGCUGAUAGAAGGAGCCAGUGGAGAGCAGAAGAGCAGCCUGGGAAUCACCAGCCUGGAUUACUACAAUUACCUCAACCAGUCUGGUUCCUACAAAGUGGACGACAUCAACGAUAAGAGUGACUUCCAGGAGACGAUGCAUGCCAUGGAUGUGAUUGGCAUCUCGGCGGAGGACCGGGCCAUGGUCCUGCAGAUCGUGGCUGGAGUUCUGCACCUGGGAAAUAUCAGCUUCAGGGAAUCAGGAAACUACGCUGCUGUGGAGAGUGAGGAGUUCUUAGCUUUCCCUGCGUUUCUGCUCGGCAUCGAUCAGAACCGUCUGAAGGAGAAGCUGACGAGCAGGAAGAUGGACAGUAAGUGGGGGAACGCGGUGGAGUCCAUCGACGUGACGCUGAACGUGGAGCAGGCGUGUUACACUCGAGACGCCCUCUCUAAAGCCCUGCACUCACGUGUGUUCGACUACCUGGUGGAGUCCAUCAACAAAGCCAUGGUGAAGGAUCAUCAGGAGCUCAAUGUCGGCGUGUUGGACAUUUAUGGGUUUGAAAUUUUCCAGAAAAAUGGAUUCGAACAGUUCUGCAUCAACUUUGUGAAUGAGAAGCUGCAGCAGAUUUUCAUUGAGCUGACUCUGAAGGCUGAGCAGGAGGAGUACGUGCAGGAGGGUAUCAAGUGGACUCCUAUCGAAUACUUCAACAACAAGAUCGUCUGCGAUCUCAUCGAGAGCAAAAAUCCUCCUGGCAUCAUGAGCAUUCUGGACGACGUGUGUGCCACCAUGCACGCCGUGGGCGAAGGAGCCGACCAGACCAUGCUGCAGAAACUCCGAGUCCAGAUCAACACCCAUGAACACUUCAACAGCUGGAACCAGGGCUUCAUCAUCCACCACUACGCUGGCAAGGUGUCGUACGACGCAGAGGGUUUCUGUGAGAGGAACCGAGACGUCCUCUUCACCGACCUCAUUGAGCUGAUGCAGAGCAGUCAAAUUGCCUUCAUCAGAGCACUGUUUCCUGAAAACCUCAACGCAGAGAAGAAAGGUCGACCCACGACCGCAGGCAGCAAGAUAAAGAGACAAGCCAAUGACCUGGUGAGCACGCUGAUGAAAUGUACUCCACACUACAUCCGCUGCAUCAAACCUAAUGAAACCAAGAAGCCCAGAGACUGGGAGGAGAGCCGGGUGAAGCACCAGGUGGAGUAUCUGGGUCUGAAGGAGAACAUCAGGGUGAGGCGUGCUGGCUACGCCUACCGCAGGAUCUUCAGGAAGUUCCUCAACAGGUACGCCAUCCUGACCAAAGAGUCGUGGCCGACGUGGCGAGGAGAUGAGAAACAAGGCGUCCUUCAUCUCCUUCGCUCUGUCAACAUGGACCAGGAUCAGUUCCAGCUUGGUCGCACCAAGAUCUUCAUCAAAGCCCCGGAGUCACUCUUCCUGCUGGAGGAGACCAGGGAGCGUAAGUUUGAUGGCUAUGCUCGGACCAUCCAGAAGGCCUGGAGGAAAUAUGUAGCCCGAAAGAAGUACGUCCAGAUGAGGGAGGAAGCCUCCGACCUGCUGUUGAACAGGAAGGAGAGGCGGCGACACAGCCUCAACAGAAACUUCGUCGGAGACUACCUGGGAAUGGACGACAGGCCCGAGCUGCGACAGUUUCUAGCAAAGAGAGAAAAAAUCGACUUUGCUGACAAAGUCACAAAAUAUGACCGACGCUUCAAGGGAAUAAAGAGAGACUUGAUCCUGACCCCCAAAUCUGUGUACCUGAUUGGAAGAGAGAAGGUGAAACAGGGACCGGAGAAAGGUCAGGUGACCGAGGUUCUGAAGAGGAGGAUUGAUGUGGAGAAGAUCCUGGCGCUGUCACUCAGCACAAUGCAGGACGACUUCAUGAUCCUGCACGAGCAGGAGUACGACAGCCUGCUGGAGUGUGUCUUUAAAACAGAGUUCAUCAGCUUACUGGCCCGAAGGUUUGAGGAGAAAACUCAGAGGAAACUGCCACUCAAGUUUAGUAACACACUGGAGUUGAAGCUGAAGAAGGAGAACUGGGGCUUCCUGAGCGGCGGCGGCUCCCGGCAGGUCGUGUUUGUCCAGGGUCAGGGAGACGUGCCUGUGCUGAAGCCUUCCAGUAAAUCCCUGCAGGUCAGCGUUGGACCCGGGCUCCCCAAGAACACACGCCCAACCAGGAAGAGCUUCACUCAGGUUCGCCCCAAUAUGUCCAGAACCCACCAGAACAUCCCGUCUCGGGCUGCACCAGGACCUCCAGUUGCUCAUCAGAACGGAGGCCUGAAAAACACCAACCACGUAGCCAAUCAGAGGAACUCCCAGCACCACCUUCAGAGACAUCCCUCCUCCAGCAACGCAGCGCGGCCCUUCCUGCCCAGCAACAUCAACCAGCUGAAGGAGCGAGGAGGAAACCGGCCGCAGCCCAACCUGGACUGUCUGAAGGUCCCAGAGCAGGGAGCUGCAGGUAAUGGAGACAGAGGACCAGCUUCAAAUGGAGGAAUGGCCCACAGACCAUCAGCCACCAGGCCUCCACCUGGAGGGGGGCGACCAAAGCCUGCACCCAAACCCAAACCCCAGGUGCCCCAGUGCAAAGCUCUGUAUGCCUACGACGCUCAGGACACGGACGAGCUCAGCUUCAAUGCUGACGACAUCAUCGACAUCAUCAAAGAGGACGCCUCCGGGUGGUGGACCGGACGACUUCGAGGAAAGCAGGGACUUUUCCCCAACAACUACGUCACCAAGAUCUAGGAGCAGCAGGUGUUACAGCAGGAGGAGUAGGAGGAGGAGCAGGAGGAGCUGACAGUCGGAGAGAGAGCAGAGGAGCGCCGUGAGAUUUCCUGAGGAGAGAAACUCACACUUCCUGCCGUUGAUGAUGUAACUUCCUGUUACUCCACCAGACCAAAGACUUAGGCUCCGCUGUAGAGAUGAGACUGUGUGACCCUGGUCUGUCUCCUCCACAGUCCCUCUGAGUACUGAACAAAUCUAUUUAUUGUAUUUAUCUGUGUUCUCCUCACUGUCAGUUAUUUCUCUCUGAGGAUUUGAGCUCAAACAUUUGGAAUGAAGUUGGAUUCAUGUGGGACGAGGCUGUGUCGUCUUUAUUGAAGGUUUGAUCGAUGAAGUGAAGGUAGUCGUCUCAGAGUCAGAGCUGGAGACGCUGCUGUUUUACCAGGUUUAUUUAUUUCGGUGCAGAGCUGUAGAGACUCCUUGGGACAUUAAAUCACUGUGAUGAUUUUAAUGCGUUUAAAAACCAAAGCUCCUCCUGAACAGAGUUGAGAGGACAGUGAGGUAAAGAGGCGACUCAGCUGGAAAACCACCUUUAUCUUUGUAGACACAGAGUAGGGGCCAUGUAUACUGUAAGCUGAGCGGUCUGUGGUGUAUUAGCACUUUAUUGGUACAGGUACUACCUUAGACACAGACGCCAUCACUCGUUCACAGUCAGUGAGUCCAGUCUCUGAAGGACAGAUUGCCAACAAGUCACCGAGGAGGAGGAGGAGGAGUUGUUUACAUGAACUGAUUUAAAAAACAGGCAUUUUCGAUCUGAUUCUGUAUAUGUGCUCAUAUUUAGGAGGACGCCUGUUGUUCUUUAGAUUUUAAAUGAACUUGUUUUAUAUUUUUUCUGAAGGAUUUUAGUAUUUUUUCCUCUUGAUGCUCACAGGGCUGCAGCUGCAGAUAAAUGAUCAUGGUUAUCACAGGGUGAAUGGAUUUCUCUUCUGUCCUGUAGGUGGCACUACAAACAUCUCCUUCAGCUUCUGCUCUCUGCACAGCCUUUGCACUGCUGUUUCAUUACUUACACAUUCCUUAGUAACUUGUUUUUAUUAAGUAACUACAUUAUGCUGAGUCAGUAAAAACAGCUGGAACCUCUGUCAGAGAUCUGCAUCAUCAUCAUCAGAUACAGUUUGAUCUUGGAUGGUUGAAAACAUCCUUGUGCAAUAAAAAACAGUGGAUGAGUCUUUUAAUAAAGCAUGUUGUAUAUUUAACAGCUUUUCUGUUUAAUUAAAGAAAACCAAUGAAAUGAACAAUGAUCCAUCUGAUGCUGAUGUUUAUUAUCAGAGCUGCAGUCCAACUUUAACACUCUAACACCAUCAGGUCAAACUGCUCCAUAAUCUGAUUAUUAACUCUGAAUGUUUGUGUAGAGGCAGAGCCAGUUUUCUGACGUGACAAACAUUUAUAUUCAGAAACUCAGGUGUAAAUAAUGAAGUUAACGAUAUCUGCCACACAGUCACAGUCACAUCAGUAACACCUGAGACUCACCUGAGACAGUCCUGUCUGUUCCUGCACUUUCCUCCGUGGUGCUGUGAGUGAACAUUAAAUCAGACUGAGCAGACGGUCUCUUUAAAUUAGAUUAUAACGUGUAUCCACAGAAUAUUCAGUCUCUAACAUCAUUUCCAGUUUCACUGAACAUGGAGGAGAACUUAGAUUCAGUUUCAGUUUGUGAACGUCACCACACUGUUCCCGUGUGCUUAGUGUCAGAAACGUUGCUCUUCAGUUUCUUCUCUGUCUCAGUAAAACCUCUCCAGUGUUACCUCGGUGCUUCAGGUCCCCCCUGUGGCUGCAGUAGGAACUGCAGCUGUUGAUCCUCACACACGAAACACUGUCUCAGCAUAGUUCUCAGACGUUUUACAGCCGCCUGGUCUGUGUGAACAGCCUCAGUGUGAGUCAGUGGAUGUUAGUUUCACAGACUAACUGUCCUGUGUUGUUUCUGAUCAGUCAGUAUAAACGUUGGUUCUUCUCCACAACUUUAACGCUUGAGGGUUUAUGGGGGUAAAUAAAGUUCUUAUUUUGAUGAAGUUUCAUCAUCACUUCACACUGUUUUCACUGAGAGAAAAUACAGGUUGACCUGCACAUAUACAAUAUAACUAGUUUAUUUUUGAAAUGAGUCAAGAAAAACAAUCGACCACUGUGAAGAAAAGCUGCACUAAAACAGGUCUUCACCUGUGUAUCUGCUCUAAAUCAAGCAUCCUCUGAGGAAAUAAAGUAAUUAAUAUAUAAAAAACUAGAAUGGAACUGGAAAUGAUCAUCUCAGAGGAUAAAAGAGAACUUAUCCUAUUAAAUAAUGAAUUACUUUUCUGUGUUUUCCACUGUUUAUACAUAUUCUAAAUAUAUUUCAUUAGAAUGAGACUGUUUACAAUGAAACUCAAUGAAAACUCAUCACCUUAGUUUUUAAAAGUCACUGAUCCAGUAUCACUGGUUUAUUACUGAGUAAAACAUUUCAGAGCAACAUCAUGUUUCUUUUUUUCAGAGGACUUUGGGUCAAAUAUUUUAACUCUUCAGGUGACUGUCAGUGAGGAUGAGCUUCAUCUCUUUAAACUUACUCAUUCAGAUUAUAUAGAAAUAAUAAUCUUCAUGUUUUCACCUUCAUAAAAUAAAAAGACCCAUCACUCAAGUCAGAUGUGUGAUUAUCAGAGAGGAUACCAAGGAGAAGACGGCGUUUAAGAGUUAUCCAAGUUUAUUAAUAUUAUUUUUUAAAACUAAUAUAAAUCCCACAGAAUAUGAUCCUGGUGCCUUUAAGUCAAUGAAUGCAUGGAUACCUGCUUUAAGUACUGCAUUUCAACACUCCAUCCAAAAUAUCUUUUUUUUUCUUUUUUCAUGUUGAUCAGAGUGGAAAUACAUG